AUGAGGCUGGAACAGCAGAAGCUGCAGGGGGUGAUCAAGUCUCUAGAGAAGGACAUCCAGGGUCUGAAGAGAGAGAUCCAGGAGAGGGAUGAGACCAUCCAGGACAAGGAGAAGAGAAUUUAUGACCUGAAAAAGAAGAAUCAAGAGCUGGAGAAGUUCAAAUUUGUUCUGGAUUAUAAAAUCAAGGAGCUGAAGAAGCAGAUUGAACCCAGAGAGAAUGAAAUCAAAGAGAUGAAGGAGCAGAUUCAGGAGAUGGAGGCUGAGCUGGAGCGCUUCCACAAGCAGAACACCCAGCUAGACCUCAACAUCACAGAGCUGAAACAGAAGCUGAAGGCUACAGACCGGGAGAUGCAGAGGGAGCGGCAGAAGGUUCGUGAUGUCGAAGCCAUAGUGAAACGCUUCAAGAGACAGACCUGCAUAACUGCGUUGGAUUUAUUCAAGAACCCAAGAAGCUGAAGGACAGCAUCCGGGAGCUGUACACCAAAUAUGUACAGGAGAGCGACGCAGCAGAGAUUGUGGGUAUAGAUGCCGACAUCCAGCGGGAGUACGCCCGCCAGCGGGAGCACCUGGAACGCAGCUUGAGCACAUUACAGAAGAAACUCGCGAAAGACACGGAGAUCCAUCGAGUGGACAAUGUGCGCAUCAUGCAGGAAAAUGUCACGCUCAUUAAGGAAAUUAAUGACUUACGUCGGGAGCUAAAAGUCAGCCGUACGAAGGUGCAUGACCUGGAGGUGGCUCUCGGGCUAGACCGGAAAAAUCGGAAGAGCAGCCUUACAGAUUCCAAAGCAUCAUCCAUCGGCGGCCAUCAUUCCGCAGGGGUCGUACGACUAAACAUGGAGGAGGAAACGGCGAGAAUUAUCGAGAUGCAGAAAAUGGAG